AUGCUGGAGCAUUAUAUAAAGUGUAUAAUGUAGUUAACAAGAUUUACAUAUUAUGAGUUUGCUUCAAAAUGCAUCAGAAAAGAUUAUAUAUUUAAAAGAAAGAAUUAAGAAAGAUAUGUAAAAUGUUGAAAUAUGAUAGAAUCAGCUUAUCUUAGAAUAAGAAGUAAUGAGAUUAGUGGAUCAUAUUUCAAAAGGGAAAAGUUGUUGACCUUUAUCAAGGUGAGAAUACUUACUACAUAAUUAUGGAAUUACUAAAAGGCGAAACGUUGUAUCAAUUUACUAAAAAAGCAUAAUUGAACAUUUUUUAAAUAAAGUCAAUCAUGAGUGUAUUGUUAUGAUUAAAAUCAUUAAAAUUGCUUAAAAGGAUUCUUCUAUUUGAAUUUCCACGCUGUAAUUCAUAGAGAUUUGAAAUUAGAAGACUUAGUACUUUUAGAACCAAAUAUAGUUGAAACAGUUAAAAUUAUAGAUUUUGGAUUAGCAAUUCCAUUGUCAAUGCCUCAACGUUAGAUAUAUGGAACCCCUGGUUAUAUUGCACCAGAAAUGCUCAUUGAUAAAUAUCAAUACUGGCAAAGUUGAUAUUUUAGUUUAGGUGUUAGGUGAUAUCUUUAGAAGCUGCUAAGUAGAAAAUCUUUAUUUAGUGGAAAUAGUAGCAGUGAUGAAAAUACUUAAAAACAACAAGAGAUAAAGGUGUAAUAAUCCAUCUCAAGAACUGUUCUAACGAUAUUUCAGAUUUGUUGAAAUAAAUGUUGUAAAAAGAUCCUAAAAAAAGAAUUCUCCAGAGUAAACCCUUUUAUAUUCCUUCUUUGACGACACUAUAUAAGGUAUUAUAACAUUUAAUUCACUAGGAGAAUUAGGAGUGGCAGAUUAAAGUCUCCAUGAAAUUGUCAGAGCAUUCCCACUUAUAUAACCUAUGUAGAUAACCAACUCUAAGGAGAACAUCUCAGAUACCAAGAUUUUCAAGUAAUCAAGUGAAGUCAACCCAGUUUUGAGUAAAGUUUAGGUUCCAAUUACUUUUCUUCGUUUGAUGAUAUUAAUAAAAAUCCAAGGAAUGGGGAGUGAUCACAUUAUUGAAUGA